AUGUCUAUGCAGCACACCGAGAGACAAGGACAGGCUGACUUCAUUCUACUCAUCUGUGCCGAUGUCAUGAGCUUUGCGCACGCAAGUUUGAACAUCAAUGCUCAUUUCUCUAGAUUAGUACCUCUGCUUGUUCCGAUCAUCCAAGGAUGUCUCCUCUCAUCGCUCGUGGCAGCGGUGCAAGAUUCUGAUGACUGCCCUACCCAAGCGCAUAACAACGCUACAACACGUUAUCUCAAUCUUACUGCCAUCAACGCUGUGGAUGGAAAAUCUGUACUUGAAUGCUGGCAGCUUGGGCCCUUUGCGACAUCGUCUGUUUCGGGGACCACGGGCUCACUUGCUCUCUUCUUGGGCGACACAUCGAAUGCAACGUAUUCAGUCCUACCUCCCAGAUAUGUCUUUUUCGCGUCCGGCCUGGCUCACGUAACACUUCCAGAGAGUUCAGAUGAUGCAUGGAUUCAGGGGGGCAAGUACGGGCUAGUCAUAGCAGCCGAUACUUCUGAUAUCUCUGAGAAGGGUCAUAUCACGACGUAUCCUAGCGACGACGAUACUAUUGGUCUCCAAGUGCCCCUCAAGGAUGGAAAAAGGCCCAAGUACUCACUAUUGCAUGCAGGGGCGUGCAGAUGGGAGGACGUGGUAGGUUCUUAG